AAGUGAAUUUACCUUGGUCCUCGGAAGAAGACAUUUGAGGGAGAAAUAAGUAACGCAGAAACGUGAUGGUUUGAAGCCGAAGGGCGUCUAUAAAUUGUAGUAUUAUUCAUUGUGUUUUAUCAAAAUGUCCAAACUACAGCUGUUGAAUGUGUUUAUCACCGAGCGUUUAACAACAGCAGCAGUGGAGAUAUUUGGUUCAGCAGAAAAGACAUUAGCAGAGUACCAGGAGCGACUAACAACAGCGGCAUUUGAUAUAUUUGUUGUGGUGGAAAAGACGAUCGCAGAGGUUCAGGGAGAGAACGACCGUCUACGAGGACUUCUUCUGGGUCAUUUAGGAGCAGAUCCCCAGCAGCUAAAUCUCCCCGAAGGGGAGGUUUCCCCUAAGCAGCAGCAGCAUUGUGAGCAGGAGUGGAGCCCCAGUCCGGGGCAGGAAGACCCAGAGCCCACACAGAUUACAGAGGAACAGAAGGAACUCAGGACCAGUCAGGAGGAAGAGCAGCUUCAAAGACUUAGGUCUGCUACCACAGAGGUUGUACAAUUGAUAUUUAUUCCUCGCUGUGUGGAAAGUGACUGUGACCAGGACAGCAAGACGGACUCUCUACCCUCCAACACAACUGAACAGACCCAAUCAGCAUUGGAUGACGAGGAUUACAGAGCAUCACAAUUAUCCAGUCACUCUCAACUCCUCUCUGCAUUAAAUCCACACUGUUCUGCAGCUCUGAGUGAAAUCAUUGUAAGUAUUGAUGAAGACGAGAGUGAAGAACUACCGUCAAGGUCAAAGAGAACACGGGAAAAGAAAAAACAAAUCUCUCAAGUCUGCACUGAGGCCAAGACAACCAGUGAGCUGAAAGCACCUUUAAAGUCUCACACAAACAGGAGACCAUGCAAGUGUCAUGUGUGCAGUAAAUGCUUUAAGACACCAGGCCCUUUAAAGGUACAUUGGAGAAUUCACACAGGGGAGAAAUCACACCGCUGUCCUUUUUGUUGUCAAGGAUUUAAGUCAUUAAACGUUCUGAAACUACACCAGAAAGUUCACACUGGGGAGAAAGAUAGAUCACAGCAAUGUCCUGUGUGCUGUAAGUCCUUUCAUAGCACAGCUUCUUUAAAAUAUCAUCAGACAAUUCACACAGGGGAGAAAUCAUUUAAGUGCCAAAAAGGUGGCAGAUCAGUCAGGUGCAAGUGCUACAUCAACAAGUAUAUGAGGACUACUCACCCAGGUGCAAAGACAUACAGCUGUCCCGUGUGCAGUAAAAGCAGUCUUCAUAGUGAGAAACCCAAUCAGUCUUCUGUGUGCAGUACAGACUUUAUUAACUCCUUACCCAAUUAUAAAGUACAUCAGAGCACUCACACAGGAGAGAAAUCAUUUAAGUGUCCCGUGUGCAUUAAAAGCUUCGGGAGUGCAAGUCUUUUAAAAAUACACCAGAUAUAUCACACAGGGGAGAAAUCGCACAAGUGCAAAGAAUGCGACAAACGCUUCUACAGCAAAGGGCAUCUGGUCAGGCAUAUGAUGACUCACACAGGGGAGAAACUUUAUAAGUGCUCUGUAUGUGAAAAAUGCUUUGUAUCAUCGUCUGCUCUAAAAAAACACUGUGAAAUCGAAGAGGAUCCUUGUCGUCAUGAAGUUUGUGACAAAAGCAUCAUGUGGAAGGGAAGCUUGACGGAACACUUAAAUACGCACACAGGGAAGAAAUCAUCUAAGCGCCUUGUAUAUGAAAAAGGCCUCGCAUCAUCAAGUGUUCUAAAAUGCGACCAGCUGGAUCACUGCGGAGGGAAACCAGAAGAGAGUCAAUCCGAGAGGGAGUCGUAUCUCUGCAGCGACUGUGGCAAAAGCUUCCGAACCAUCAGUUACCUGAGAGUGCAUAUGAAAACGCACAGAGAGAGAGAGCUGCAUAAAUGUCCUGUAUGUGGUAAGUGCUUCACGUCAUCGGCUUAUUUCAAACUCCACCAGCGAAUCCACACCGGAGAGAAACAACAUCAGUGCAACGUUUGCAGCAAAAGCUUCACUCUGAGUGGACACCUGACGGAACACAUGAGGACUCACACAGGGGAGAAAUCAUUUAAGUGUCCGGUAUGUGGGAAAAGUUUUACAUCUUCAAGUGUUCUAAAACGUCACCAGCAGAAUCACUGUGGAAAAACUGCAAAAGAAAAGCAAUCUGAGGAAACGUCGUAUCUCUGCAGCGACUGUGGCAAAAGUUUCAGAACAAUGAGUUACCUGAGGGUGCAUAUGAAGACUCACAGAGAGAGAGAGGUGCAUAAAUGUCCUGUAUGUGGAAAAGGCUUCAGGUGGGCCUCUUCGCUAAAAAUCCAUCAGAGAAUUCACACAGGAGAGAAACCUUUUAUGUGCACGGUUUGUAGCAAAAGCUUCACUUGGAAGGGAACCCUAACAGAACACAUGAAGAAUCACACAGGGGAGAAAUCACAUCAGUGCCACGUCUGCAGCAAAAGGUUUGUUUAUAGCAGAAGCCUGUCUCGUCAUAUGAUGUCUCACACAGGGGAGAAACCUUUUAAGUGUCCCCUAUGUGGAAUAUGCUGUACAACAUCAAGUCUUCUGAGAUGCCACCAGCGAAUUCACACCGGUGUGAAACCAUAUCUAUGUAACGUUUGUAGCAAACAAUUCACUUGGAAGGGAGGUCUGACACAACAUAUGAAAAGUCACACAGGUGAGAGACCAUAUAAGUGCCCUGUGUGUGAAAAGGGCUUUAUAACGUCGGGCGAUCUGACACGCCACACGCGUGUUCACACUGGAGAGAAACCAUUUCGCUGCAAUGAUUGUAACAAAUGCUUUAGUCAGAUCAGUUCCCUUAAAUCACACAUGAAGAAUAUUCACUAGAGAGAGAGAGAGAGAGAGAACACAUAACAGUAUAAAAUGUGUCAGUCUCAAGGAUGAAGGGUCCAUUCUAAUUGAUACCGGUAAGGGCACAAUAUAUCAUGGUUGAAAGGAAUGACUGAACUUGUAGAACAUUGUCUAUAGCCUACACUGAGUGUGCAAAACAUUAAGAACACCUUCCUCAUUGAGUUGCACCCCCUUUUUUCCCCCCUCAGAACGAGCCUCAAUUCAUCGGUGCAUUAUUAUCGGUUAUUAUGUAGUUCUACGGUCUGUACUGGUCCAGGAGUGAGUACUCGUAACACAAAGGCUGUUAUUAUGUAGUUCUACGGUCUGUACAGGUCCAGGAGUGAGUACUCGUAACACAAAGGCUGUUAUUAUGUAGUUCUAUGGUCUGUACAGGUCCAGGAGUGAGUACUCGUAACACAAGGGGAGUUAUUAUGUAGGUCUGUACAGGUCCAGGAGUGAGUACUCGUAACACAAGGGGAGUUAUUAUGUAGGUCUCUACAGGUCCAGGAGUGAGUACUCGUAACACAAGGGGAGUUAUUAUGUAGGUCUGUACAGGUCCAGGAGUGAGUACUCGUAACACAAGGGGAGUUAUUAUGUAGGUCUGUACAGGUCCAGGAGUGAGUACUCGUAACACAAGGGGAG